ACAAGAAAUUAGAAUCGAAGAAGCUCAUCUGCUACUGCGUUCCUUUAAUUGUCGCGAAGUUCUCAAAAAUUUAGCAGAAUCCUAUUCCUUGUGUUAAAAUAAUAUUAAUAAACUCGCUAUAUUUGAUAUUAUGGCAGACAAAAAAGUGACCCCCCCGCUUGGCGCGUACCCCCAGCCGCAGCCGCCGCAAGGCCCCUUUUUACCCGCACCGCCUCACCAGGCCGCACCGCAGUAUGGAGUAGCGGGUGGCUCCCCGUACGGAGUGACGUUUGGAGGCGCGGGAGCUGGCGCAGGAGGGAUGUACGCUCCGCCGCCAUAUGACCAACUGCAGCAUCACCAGGCUAUUCCAGCUCUUAGCCAGCAGCUACCCUACCCACAAAAUGUAUCGCAGAUGUACAGCCCGGCGGCCGCGAUGUACGCCGCGGCGGCCGGUUACCCCGGCUACAUCGGCUACCCUGUGCAAUACUAUCCGUACUACCAGACCAUCCAGCAGCCGUCCAUCCAGCCGCUGCGCCCAACCAUCAUGAUACCCAAUGGCUUCGAGGCUGGCGGUCGGUUCGAGGGGCUUGCGCAGACUCUGCUGCCCCCCGCACCACCCGGCGUGCCCCCCUCCCCCGCGCACCUGGCUGCGCUACAGCCGCACCAAGUGCUGUGGCGUUAAACCAAUGAGCGGUCGCGAUCGCGGCAUCGGUGACCAUUGACCGGCGGAUGGCACUUCAAUCUCGUCUAUACUAGCAACACAACAAAACAAGGAUCAAAAUGGGGUAACACUCGAAUAUUCUUCUGUAAACCUUUCCUAUCCAGUGCAACUUUUAACUAAGUUAUUACAAGUGUUUAGAAUUAACCAAAUUAUUAUAAUAAAGAUAACGGAUUGUAAAAACUGCCUAAAGCAGAAUUUUCAGUAUAUCAAAAAAUACUUCUCUGAGGCAGUCUGCAUUAAACUUAAGAAAUUUAUAACAUAUUAUACUUAAUUUUUUUGAUUGAGAAGAAAAAAUUUCGACUUAUAUUGUUCUCACCAUGCAAAGUUCUAAUAAAGACCUUUGCAUACCAUAUCAUUUCAAUAACGAAUCUACUCAAAAUCUAGAAUCACACAUGGUGAGUUUUUUGUCCUGAGACAAAGUAACUUGUUUGAAAUGUAUGUGUAAGUAUUAUACGGGUCCACUCGUCGUUAGAACGACAAAAACAAUUUACUUUAUGUCAUGAGGAAUAAAACUCACAUAAAAAUUUAAUUUGAGUAGAGUAAGUGUGAGUGUGUAAUCUUGAAUUUAUAUGACUCGCUAACAACCCCUAUUGCAGUCCUUUCUUAUAAUAAAUAGCACACAAAAAUAAAUGUUGCCAUUGAAAACCAAAAAUCCAUAAACCUGCGUUUUUCUAUCGCAAACUUUGUUAAAGAAUAUUUAAAAGUUAUUAUUUUCUUUGAAGAAAUACAAACAGACACUUGUUAACAUUUUUUCUUUUCAAAUAUUGUGUCGAGUAGUGUCUCAAAAGCAAAAUCUAUGUUGUAAUGAGUAAUUAACUGUAAGUCUAUAAGAUUUGUAUGAAAAUCAUAUCUUGUUUGUUACACAUUUUGGAAUCUCAAAAUAAUGAAAAAAUAUUCCUUCUACCUAAUUGUUCCUACAUAUUUUUAUAUGUGAAAAAAAUGAACUCAUGAACUACUUAAAUAUCGUGCAAAAUUGAUUUAACAUUAAAAUGAAAAAAAAAAAUUAAUUGAAUUAAAUAGCAUUUUGACGUAUCAUUAAUGUAAAUUUAUAAUUUUGGAUUGCAAUAAAAAACAGCCCCAUUUAUCGAGACCUCAAUGUAAAACGUAACAUAUAUAAAAAGACGCCUAAAGGUGUGUUCCGUCGGUGAAUAUCAAUCUUAGCCGGUUAAUAAUGACUGUGAUGUGUUAGAUAAUGUUCGCCACUUGACCGAUUUGAAAAAAAAUAGGUCGUGUAUUGCUCUCUAUUAUUAAUCGUGCCUUUAAAUCAAAAUUGGCAUCAGAAUUUCUUGCCCGACUAAAAAAAAUUAACGACUUCUAGAUUAAAAGGAAUUUAUCUUGUUUUUAUAUCAUGUACCAGUAAUAGGUCUAAACAUUCCAAAGAAGAGAUGCAAUGAACUUGUCAUGAAAUGUUUACUCCACUUAUAUUCUAAAAAGAAGCACACAUGGUUUUCAUUUAUUUCUUUAUAUUUUUACGCUUUGUUGUUUCCUAUAUAAAACACGAGAGCUAUAAUAAAAUAACAUUAUAAAUAAAACUUAUAAUGGAUUAAAAAUACUAUCACGGGAUUUAGACUAUUAGAUAUAUUUUUUUUUACCUAGAGUGUAUUACUUCAUAAAAUGAAAUUCUGUUAUUCAAAAAUUACUUCAAUUAAUGUUCAUGAACCUACUUUAUAGCAAAAAUGACUUCAUUUAAUCUAAAAAUGAGAUCAUUUCAACAAGUGGCUAACAUUAAGGAAGGCCGAGACAAGUCUCAGCAUAGUAUUAAAGCGAUUUCGCUCUACGAUAAUUAUAUUAUGAUAAUUCAAAUUUUAUGCUGUUUGUGUGAUUCAGUCAGAAUUUAGCGUCACGGAAGUUAAAAAAUUGUACGUCUACUGUGUAGAGCCUUAAUUCGUUAAAAUGUGACGCCUAAAUUAACAGUUAAUGUUGAUGUGUCAAAAUAUACGUCGUGCGUAUUUGUUACAGUUUUAAUUUAAAAUCUUUAUUACGCAAUAAAAGUUUGUGACAUCAUCUUUAAGGCUCUUUUUGCUAUGUGUUGUUAAGUUUGAAUAUCAGGGAAUUGAACACAUCGAUUUUGAUAAGUCACCGUAAGAUCUACGUCUUACUUUCAACUUGCGUGACGCGAGGUAAUGCUUGUGAAAGCAUAUUUGAAUAUCAUUUGAAUAGGUUUUUACAAGUAUAUUGGGAUAGAUGUCCAUUGCUGGGCAUAGGGUCUUACGUAUUCCCGUUUCUGCCCAGUAAGUGGGGGCGUCUACUAAUGCUGCGAUCUGGUGGCAGUCAAAGUACCAACCCUUGACGUCCAAUGACCACCGGUCCAACAUCUCAUUGCCACUUCAGCAUCGUUCUGACUUUCGUUAUGAUAGUUAAGAAACGAGUUGCUUUGAAAGUGUUCUACAUAUCAAUACUACACACUCCUAAAAAUGUAAUUGAACUGUUUUGGGGUGUAGCUGUUAAAAUUGCACUGAAAAUAUAGUAUUUUUUAAGAUCCCCAGUAACAAUAUUAGUAACGCUGUCAACUUGUCAGCUUAAAUAAAAUAGAACCAUUGCUUUUGGGAUCUUCGGAUUUUUCUUGACAAGUGAUACAUAAACAAUAUGUUUUUAAUACAAUUAUCUAUUCCAUGGUUCCAUGUCACAAAUCUGAAAGAAUAUCGACUCGCAAACAGCAUAAAUUUCUCAAAACAUUAGUUGUAGUUAUAUAAAUGAGAAGUGUAAUGCCAUUGCGCAUAAACUUGUGCGUGUGAGGAUGAUGUCCCUCAAUUUGUAUAUGGUGCGGGCACAGAACAUGUAACGCGAAAUAAUUCAAACAAAAUCCAGUUACUGGUCAUGAUUAAUACCAAAUUUGAUUUGACUGAACACGCGUGGCGUGUCAAGUGCCUCGUGCCGUUACUCUCGUUUUGAUAAUUAAUACAUAUUAUAUAGUCGUAUAUGUGUAUUUAUUUAUAUGGGAUUAAGUCGAGCGCAAACUUCGAAAUAUAAAAAAGCCAUGUACUGUUUAUGUCAGAAUAGGAUUUGUAUGUACGCAAUUCUCGUUUUUGAGUAUCCAAACAAAAAUAUCGAAGUAAACCUUAUCAACCUUGUUUUUAAUCUCAAAUUCUUCUAUGUUUGUUUAUGUCAACCAGCGCCCUUGAGAUAACGUUUGUUAAUAAAAGAAAAUCAGCACUACAUAAUUUGCGACUCGAAGCAAGUAGUAUAAGGUAAAUUUACCUUGACGUUUUAGUGCUGCGAUACUCGAAAAAAAAUCUUUAUCGAAGAUAUCCUUUAGAAGCGAAGAUUUUUUCAUGGCAAUAGUGUGUAAAGGUAAAUUUGUGGUGUAUAAUGUAUGGUGGUGCCCGUGUAUUUUGUGAGUAUCCCGUGGUGACUUCAUUUAUGUAAACAUUCAUGUGGUCACUAAACACAUGCUGAUAGCAACAUGCAUCCUAUACAAGCACCGUCUUAUUUUUGUGCGAUGGCCUUAGCGAUGCUCAGACAAUGAAGCAUGAAUUAAAAUAUUAGCUCGCCCGCUAUAAAAUCUUCGCUUCAAUAAUAAAAAACGUUAUUCGAAUACAUAUACGUAUUUUGUAUACAAGGUGAUUUAUUUGCUCACUUGCAUCGACAGCCCUUUACCCCGAGCAAUAUUCAAAAUGUAUUCAGUUUACUGCACCGGUUAUAUAAACAUAAAAUAUGUCCAGUAACCGAAACGAGUUAGAUGCCUAAGCCGCACCACACUUGUUGCGUGUUUCUUAGUGCCACACUAUUGAAGAUGUCGUUGUAAGAUGAAUAAAUAGUUACUCUGUAUGCUUAACAUUUGUAUGAAGGUUAGUUCUAACAGAAUCUCAGCGUGCGUGCGCCUUUCUAGUUGUAAACUCGUUAUUUUUGCGAUUCUUUGUUGGAUAUAUAUAGGCCUUUGAGUAAUAAUUUACUAUGUACUAGAUCGAGUUCAAUGAAACCUAUGUGUACUAGCACACAGACAGCUUAACUUGCUAUCCGAGAUAUGGGAAACGCCAAUUUUCUAAACACGAGCCAAAACUGAGAUUAUCCCAUCAAACAUAUAAUCUUGAUCUGUACAAUAAUAUGGUAACCUUAACUUUUAGCAACUGUCUUAUAAUGUAUACAAUCUUUUCAUAACUUAUAAGCAAAUGUGUUGGAAAGCAUAUAGUAAGUCAACUUCUUAAUACGGUCCUCAUUGAGAGUACCGACACGCAAGUAAAGCCAGGUCGGCCUACCGCUUUGUCUUGUCGGGCUUGUCUUGUCGAGUUUACUCACUAUAUAUACAAUAUAUUAAAUGUAUGUUUUUAUUAUUUUGUUAAAUAUAUUUUACCUAUUAUAAUACAAAAAGAUUACGUACAUUAUAACACAGCUACAGGCAAGAAUAUUGGAUAUAAGAAUAACGUAACAAAACUAGCACCCAGUAUAUUAUUAUAAAGAGGAUUAUGAUUGUGAAUAUUCUAUUGCUUUUUUUUUUACUAACACUCAUAGCGUUUUGAACGUCUUUCAGAGGUAUGUGUGCCUAGUGUGGGAAGUACUGCCUACUUGAGAACAGUAGUAUCACUAGAUAACCCUCUUUCGAUUCAAAUCUUUGUUAACUUCCAAGCGAUCGAUCCAAGAGCAACUAUUCAGUUAAAAAGUCUUGCACCAGGCAUUCAUUUUGAGAUAGAAUAAUCUCAAAAUGAAUGCCUGGUGCAAGACUUUUCAACUCGGGGAAGCUUACCCAAUCAUGGCAACAUCUCACGUAGACAAAUAACGUUUUCGAGUGUUUUUCUAAUAUCGACACUGUGGGAAUCAAAUAAAGCUUAUCUUCCUUGUCUUAAAGUUUAAUAUCGCGCACGGAAGCGCUAGCUGAACGUUUGUAAAAUGAAAAUCGAUACUACAGGAUUUAAGAUUCUAAACGAGUAAUAACAUUUACUUUGACUUUAUAGUGUUUCGAUAUUUGCAUUGCAGUCUUAUGUGCAUUUUUACGUUAAAUUUUGACACUUCACACAGGGUUCGUUCACAAUUUUGACGUCAUAAAAUGUGGUUAGAUGUGAAGAUUCAAAUGUAAUGGAGAAUUAGGCACCUGAUGAAAUUAUGGUGAAGCGUGGGUGAUUAAUAAAAGAAAAAGCUAAAAUUCUUAAGAAUAUCCAUUAACAUAGUGAAUAUAUACAGAGAUGGGACAUGAUUUAGUAUUAGAUGGCUGAUUUUAAGCUUAAAAGUGCUACAGUGAAAUUUAUUCUACCUAUUUUCACCCCUAUUGCAUACACAUAAAAAAAACUUUAGAUUUGUAACAGAGCUCUGAAGACAUUGAAAUUUUCACAUUAUUUACGAUAUUUUGGGACAAAAGUGAUUGCUAAACCAAAACUUCCUUUAUAUUCUUAUUCUUUAUAACCCUACGAUUUAUUGAAUAUUUUAAAUUUGGAUGGUAGAGUUAGAGCUUUGUAAUUAGUAAUUUUUUUAAACAACAACAAUCUUUAUUUGUACGUUAAUAGGGAUGAAAAUCGCGUACCCUUAACAAAACGAUUUCCAAAUUGUAUAAAUUGUUAGAAAGAGGAAGGUUAUGCAAAUCUUUAAUAGGCUGUCUCUUUCUUGCAUUAACAUUUUAAUUGUUAUUCUUUUUUAUACCUCUGAAUAUUCUUAUACAUGGUGUUUCUGAUACGACUUCAUUGAAUUUAUAAAAAGCUUAAAGCACUUCAAAUAUAACAAUGUUGAUCUGAUCAGAUACACCAUAUAUACCUUGGUAUAUCUUUUUGAUUAUUAUUAUUAUUAUAUUAUAUUGAGUAUAUAAUAUUGUUUUGUUAAUGAAAAUCAUGUUUACUUUAAGUAAUGGAAAAUAAAUGUCGACUCAACUUUAGAGCAACAUUUCGAGAAAAAAAAUCUGUUAUUUUUUUAAUUGAUAGCUGACCAACACCAAUGCUUAAAAACAAAAAGUUUAAAACUCCUAUCAUUAUUUAUAACCUUGGUAACUGUACGCUUGGAUGCAUUUCGUGCGUCGUGCUGCGUGUGUGAUCUUAAAAUGACCGUUAAAAGUAAGAAUUCGGUAAUUUGCUAGCGAAAAAGCCAAUUUGUUAGUGCUUAACGUCCGAAUAAAGCAAUUGAAAUGACGGUAUAUCUAGUUUUAAGUGAGGACGUACAUAAUAUUUUCUUUGUAAGUUUUUAUACACUGCGAGUAACCAUCUGAAAAAAAACGUAUGUUCUCCGGACAGGCUUAUGGACCAAUGAAAUUUACCAGUCGAAAUUAUAAGCAUUCGUUUCCGAAUUACUCUUAUCGCAAAGAUCUCGGAAAAUGCGCCAGAUGGCAUUUUUUCCAUACAUUUUAACAACAAGAACAAUAAAUAUAUAUUAAACUUGAAAGUUGACAGUCAACACUAUCGGCAUUCCGAACUUAGAGUUUACUUAGAUACUCCGAGCAUAGCCCUCUCCAGCGCCCACUGAGUUUUGUGUUUUUAUAAGAUGAAUAGUUCAGGUAGUUAACCUUGGAAGGGAUAGUUCUCAAUGGCGACACUGCUCGAAAACUGAUCUUCGAGCAAGGCUCAAAUAUAUUUUAUCUCGUAAAUCUGACGCUUAUACUUAGAUAAACUGUUGUGAAGAAGAACGAAGUUUGACGUCUUGAAUUGUAGUUUAAAGUGUAGUCCUAAUUUUAAUUACAUAAAACGUAAAGUUGGCCAGAGUCAUUUUUUCUUAGAGAGUGAGGGACAAACUGAAACGUCCAACUUGCGUACGGCCAGAAACAAGCCUGCGCAGUGGGUCUUGUGAUAUGAGUGGUUGCACUGGACGCUACUGACCCAAAUUGGACUUUGGCUUAACAUACAAUCAGAAUGAUUUUUUUAACUAUACUAUACUAUACUAUAGAUAGCUCAUUUAUUUAUUUAUACUAUACAAUAGACAGCUAAAUGAAAUUUUUACCUGAUGUCAUUAAUACUUGAACUUAAGUAUAGAUAUUAUAUCACUUUGUUUAGGCAAAGACGGUCCAAUUUUAGUUCGGCCAAGUUAGGCGCUCUGCAACGUAGACACUCUUUGUUUUCGACACUAGACACGGCAACCCGAAAAUGCACUAUGUACUCUAUUAAUUCCACGCAGAAGCAGAAACUAUGUAUAUAUCCGUAUGGAUAUAUGAGAUUGUUUUGAUGAUCAUAUUUUGUAUCCUAAUGUUUAAAGUACAUACAAGGUUUCUUUUCGAAUCUUGCCAAUUUUUCUGAGAUUGCUAUGAAUCGUUACUAUUACCUAUGAAAUAUAAACCAUGUUUAAGUUUUUAAUCUCAUUACCACUAAAAAACAUAAUGUGUCGCAAUUACAGCAAAAUUCAUGGUCAAAGCUGUUGGUUGGUUGGUCAAAAUAUACCAAGAGUUUUUAAUAAACUUUACUAUAAAAUGUUUGCUUGCGUUUUUAUUAAAAAAGUUUUUUUUUGGCCGAGUCUGAGAUUCUAAUCGAUGAAUUGUCAAAACUACCAUGACUUAUGUAAUAAUAUUAAUAACGUACCGUUUAACUGAUUUCUUAGUCUUUAUUUUAAAAUAUUGCCAAGUUUCAAAAAUUAACCCUGUAUAUGUUGUAAGUCAGUUAAUCCCCCUUAUUCUUACUAAAAAAAUUGCUCCACACAAAUAUCCAAUUGCCGUAAUCGGGCUAUGCCAUGGUGUCUACGUUUACGCAGUGCCUCACUUUAAAUAAGGGUAUAUUUUAAAACUAAUAGUGUAAAAUGGCUUGAGUUUUAAGUUUUGAGUGGCUGAAACUUGUUCACUGGAAUAUCGAACGCAUUUGAUAUUUGGGGGGUAUUUUCAAAAAGCAUGCUAUUCCGGUCCCCAUAAAUGGGGACUUGUACAUUUUCAUUUGAUGAAAAAAGACAUUCGGCUAAACAGUUCGUAAAAUUAUGCUGUUGGGGUUGGAAAUAAUACUAUAACGCCUGCCAAUGAUAUGAAUUAUGGAGUAUCGAUCGACCGGCUAAGCCCUGUAGGUGUUAGUCUGCUUGUGAGAAGUGCCCCCACUGUGCAUAUAAUGUACUAAUUUUAAAAUUACAUGAUAUAAAUGUUAGAUGAACAGAGUACAGUUGGUUCGCCUUUUGGAUUUGAAUGUAUAUCAAGCAUAAGUGAACCAGUUUCGUUUACUCGAUAACGCAAGGCUCCACAUAAAAUAACUCCUAAAUUUGAUUACCAUUUUGAGGAAGAUUUCUUGAACUUAAAAUAGAGUUACGACGGUACCAAACGAGUCUUGGAUGAGAACAUAAAACCGCAUUUUCUUGUUGAUAUCACUUCAAUAGGUACCUUCCAAUCAUCUACAAUACCUUUCCAAUUCAUUCUACUUUGAAACGAAACACUAUAACUUCAAAGUAAAAUGAACUUAAUGCUUCUUGUUUAAGAGUGCAUUUUUAUUAGAGGAUAAAGCACUAUCUAUCACCAUAACACCCACAUUAGGAGAGCCACCAUGGUAGAUGAAAGAAGGAAACUACAUGAAGGAUUUAUUAUAAUUGUUUAGUGUUACAAAAAUGGGGUAUACUAUUAUAGCUUAAAGCUGAAUUAUUAAAGCCAGGUAAUAAGCCUCCUCAACAUUUUGUACUCGUCUAGGAUUCUCAAAUAGGUGUACAGCUGAGCAAAUACCUUGCUUCAUGAACGAGUACAAUCAUUACUCUGAUUUUGGAAGUGACUAGAGGUACCAUUAUAAAAUAAAAUUAGAAUGUAACUUUAACGAUAAGAACGCAUGCGGGAUGCGUUAGAUUCUAAAGGUCUGCCAUGAUACUGAUGAAUUUGUUUUGUAUAUCGGCUGAGAUGAAAAUGCAAAAAGUCUUAAAUUACCUAAUACUAAUUUUUAUUUCACAGACUCUGUUAGGAGCCUCUAAACUUGAUAGUAAUGUAGGUUAAUUUUACAAAUACAAAUAACCGUUAUUUAUACUCCGUAGACAAUUUAUGUCUCACUAAUUGUUCUAAUGUGUAGGAGCCUUUAUACUUUAGCCAUAAGUAGUAUUUCUUGUUUAGGGUAGUUCCUAUUUAUGCUAUGGAACAUGACGUCAUCGGAUAACCAGUCUAUAAAAGGAUUAGAUUCUUUUAUUUUUUCCGUAGAACUAAAAACUUUGAUAUUAUCCAGGCUAACUACUCAGUUAUGUGACAGUUGGAUCAUAGUUUUGAAAAGAUCUUGAGCAGUUUUAUAAAUUGAAAAAUUUGAAAUUUGAAAUUGUAUACAAUUUAAAAUUUAAAUAAACUAAGAAACAGAUAAAAAAUAUUAAUUUGUGUGAUGUCAUUACGUUCCAUAGACCAAAUGGGAAGUAGGUACUCUACUUUUUGAUAGUAUAAGGUAUGCCGAUAGUAAUAAAGUGUAAAGCGGUUUGAACUGUGUCCGUUGCAACUUGCAGUAAGCGUAAGUGUGUAUUGCUCAAGCGUGGGGGUUUGCGGACGGAGUUGCGUGCAAUAUAUAGCAUAAUUAUUAUUUUGUUUCCAAUAAAAUAUUAAAAUAUGA